AUGAAGUUCACAACUCCGCAGCCAAUAAAGCAACCCCUGGAGCAAAGGGACAAAAGCAAGCAUUGCGCUUAUUAUCGAGACUAUGGGCAUUCAACCAAUGAUUGUCGAACCCUCAGGCGACAGGUGGAGAAUAUGAUCGCCAGAGGUGAGUUGACGGAUUACCUCAUGACAAAGGAGUAUGCAAAGCCCCACGAGGUCUAUCCCCGCAAGGUGGAAGGUACGCAAGUAAAAGUCAUCCAUGCAAUACAUGGCAGGUUUGAAGAUGAUCAAGAGUCCGAUGAGGUAUACAGAUCCAGGUUGAGGGCAACCCAUAAGCUCAGGAAGAUAUCCCCGGUCAAUGCUAUCGUUUCGGGUAGCAUCAGUAUUGGAUUCGGAGAUGGCGACCUAACCAGAGUUCAACUCCCCCACGAGGAUCCAUUGUUCAUCAGUCUUUUAGUGGCUAAUUGUAUGAUCAGGAGGGUUUUCACUACAACAAAUAUCAUUUUCACCGGCGGUUUUUUUCCGUCCGCCGGCUUUAAUUGA